AUGUCGCGACAAACAUCAGGGAGUGCGGGUCGAUCGCAACACUAUCAACUGGUCUCUCCUGGCACUCCAGCUGAUCCUCGUACCAUGAGUCAAGUCAGUCCAGGUUUCGUUUUUAACAACAAAGACCAGUUGAUCGAAUCCCUACGCACACACCGUGUCAACACCAUUACGGAGCUACGCCGCAUUGAGAAGAUAUUUGCCUAUCUCGAUUCUGCAGAAGUCACAGAGCCCAUGACCACUGCGUGGGCUCAUUAUGUCAAUUCUAACAAUCUCCUCAAUGAGCUGAGAGGUCUCACUCGAAGGUACCCCUUCAGUUCAGAAUGCCUUGACGAAGCGAAAUCUAUGGUGGUGCGAGACCCAAACAGUGUUCGCAGCUGGAACUAUUGCUGGUUGGUACUGGUGAAGAUGGAGAGAGAAAACCUUGUUACCAAGCAUGCUCGAGCUCUUGCAUCGAAAGCAAGCACAUGGGGUGGCCGCCGGCCUUCUGCCGCCGAAUUCGACCGGCUUGUCAGUGCAUGUGUGGCAGAAUGGACCCAAGCACUCAGGCAGAUGCUCCGGCAUUGGGACAAACCGCCCAGCACCACUGGAAACUAG